ACAUUGGAAUUUUCAUUUUCACUCGCAGACGUCCGCAUAAACCGUUCUACUUGCACUUUCUAUUUUGUGGUCUGGUGGGUGCCUCAUUUCCUGUUCGAUUCGCAGACUUUCCUGCGGCCUCUCGACAUGGAUUCCUCCGAGAGCUGCGCGGACAUCACCAGCCUGGAGGACAUGCUGGCCAAAAGCCUGUCCUUGGAGGACAACCCCAAUCCAACCACAGCUGAGGACAUUCUGAACACCAUCACCAAUUAUUUUAGAGAGCUGCGUGCAGUCUGUGCGAAAGGGAAAAUGUUCCAGGAUGCCGUGGCGGAGUCCAACAUCAUCAAGCACUCAACCGAGAUCGUCCAGAAAUUGCUGAACGACCCUCGAUCCCUGCAGUAUGAGCGAGUUCUGGUCUGCGUCCGAGUCGGCGUGCAAUUUUUUGGAAACUUCGUUGUCGACAACGAUAGAACCAGAAGCCUCAUGUGGCAGGAAUACAAGAACCUUCUCAGAGAACUUUUAAACCUCAGCGAUGUUCGAGCCUCCAACUACACAGCGAUGGUUGUUUUCAAUAUUUUUAAAGGCAACCCUAACAUCCCCUAUACUGAUAUCACCAACGUUUUUCCCUCUAUUUUGAGUCUGGCAGCCAAGGAAUCAGAAUUUGCUCUCUACUGUGUGGAACACUUGAUUAGCUGGCCUGGCUUUAUUGCCCAGGUCUAUCCUGUCCUGGGAGUUGGCGAGAGGCUUUUUCUUUUGGAGGUCUGUCGAGAGAUGACUGGGAAAGGAGCCCACCUGCCGCCUGACACAGUCAUGCUGAUUUCGACCGAGUUCAAGAAAAAGGCAGACAUCAUAUUUGUGGCACACAAUGGACUACCGACCCCUGACCCUUCAGAGUCGGCAGCCCUUUUGGAAGCUGUGGCAACUGCAUCUGGAAUUGUGGACUCUGAAGGAGCAGCCAAACUUCAACAAGAUGGUGCACUUCUCACCAGUGCCGUUUUUCUCUUGCGAGGAAUCCAUGCCUGCAUGUCAGUCGAAGACAAACUCAGUGCUUUUGAUGCCCGUGGAGAUAAGAUGCAGGAAAUUAAGCAGAGCCCUAUGUAUGGCUUCAAGGCUCAGCUGGUCCGUCUGAUUGGAAACUUGUGCUUCAGAAACAAGAUCAAUCAGGAUAAGCUCAGAGACAUGGAAGGAGUGCCACUUUUGCUGAAUUGCAGUCGACUAGAUGCGUGCAAUCCUUUCAUCACACAAUGGGUCAUCCUGGCCAUAAGGAAUAUCUGCGAAGGAAACCCCGAGAACCAAGCUUUGAUUUCCUCGCUUUCCAAAGAAGGAGACCAGAUUUUGCAAAAUGGGACUUUCCGCCUCAACCCUGAUGCCAACGGUGCCAUGAGAGUUAGCUUUGUAGAGUCGUCCGAUUAGAAUAUUGCCUUGACUAUAGUUAGACCAACAGAGAAUCAAAGCAGAACCAACUUCAAGCAGUUCCUUUAACCCAGAAGUGUUACUCAUCAUCAGAAUCCAUGUGUUCCUUUUGUUACCAUGUUUUAAAUAAAUCACACUUGAUUCUCCACAU